AUGGAAAAAAUCAGAGGUGUUCCAAAAUUCAAUGCAAGGGGAGUUACUGUUACAGCAUUCGCGGGGAAAUGAAACAACACAAAAAACAAUUGCAGAAAUAAAUUGACAUGUUUUAUCUAAUAUCAAGUGUUAACCCUGAUCAGAGAUAUGUGGUACUUGGUGGGAAAGGUUACAUUGUGGGUCGUCGAGACUGUGACAUCUUGCUACCUGGUGAUCCAACAGUGAGCCGGAAACAUGCCGAGCUGACAGUGUCACACACAGAGGCAAAUCUUACAAAUAUAACUAGGUUGCCAAUUCUAAAACUGAAAGAUAUAUCCAAGUUUGGAACAUGGGUGAAUGGAGAGCGUGUGGAAGGUGAAAGGAUACUAAAAGAUGGUGACUCUGUUCAUUUUGGAUCUCAGAAAUCAGCAUUCAUGGUGGUGUAUGAACCUUUAGUACUAACAGCAUCAUGCCUUGAUGCUGCAGUCAAGAAGACAGUGAGGCAGUACAUGUGUACUCUAGGUGGUCACAUGAUCAGUGAAUGGCAGAAAGACUGCUCCUUGCUUGUCAUGAGUAAAAUCAGUGUCACUAUCAAGGUUAUCAGUGCAUUGGUAUCACAGAAGUUCAUAGUGACACCACAGUAUUUAGAAGCAUUCAAAAAACAUCUGCAAGGUUCAGGAGAAAAACCGGACCCUAGCAAAUUUACGCCUGAAUUAGCAGAGACUCAGUUAGAUGGAAGUGAAGUUUCAUUUAACCCAGACAGUCGGAGGAAGACAUUGUUUGAAGGCAUGACUUUCUACUUCUUGAGUCCAAAACAGUUGAAGAAAAUGAAUGUUGCGAUAGAACUUGCUGGAGGAAUGCCAUUGUUGCUGGACAAGGGGAAAAUCGACAAAAAUAUUUUGAAAACAAAAUCUGUUGUAAUGAACUGUACAGACACAGAGUUGACACAGUCAUCUGAUAGUUGGGUCUCUGAUGUACAGAAGCUCUUAGACAAACAUAACAAGCACAUGAUAGCCGAUGCUGAGAUAGGUUUUGCAGUGUUAUAUUGUUCCACAGAGAAACAUUGCAACCCAGAUUAUAUUUCAGAUGCUGAUAUAUCUCGACUACCAUCACAGAGCCUUUCUCAAGUUGAACCAUUUGUAGCAGAUACAGAAACUCACGACAGAUCCCAGAAAGAUUCUAGAAGUCAGAGAAGAGGAACAAAGAAGGAUACUCAGACAGUUAUAGAUGAGACAAAGUUUGGUGAUGAUACAGGAAGAACACAGACCCCUAGAACCAUGCAGGUAGACCACGCCUCUAGGACACAGACUCAGAGGGCCAGCCAGAAGCCGCAAGUUACACAAAGUGAGAAGUCUCCAGUGGUUCCUGUGGUUAAAAUGAAAGAUGAUCAGAGUACACCAACACACACACGAUCAUCAAAGAAAAGGAAUAGAAUGGAAGAUGAGGAAUUGGAGAUAACUGAAGUAAUAAGCAAAAGAGUGAAAGCUGAGCCAAUAACACCCUCCAAAUCCCCAGGUAUUCAAUCAAGUGCACCAAAAACAAAAGACGAUAAAUCAAACACAUCCAAAGCAGAAGAUGCAGAAUUUGUUUGGGAUAGUGAUGACGACAUUGAUUACACUACAAUAGACACAGAUGUAUCCGUGAAACACAAUGAACAAAAAACAUCACCAGGACAUAAUCGGAAGAAGUCACCUGUUCCUGAAGGCAGACAGAACAAAGGUCAUAGAAACAAAAGUAGAUCAAGAUCAAAGUCUCCAGCUCCAAGGUCAAGGUCACCUGCUCCAAAGUUAAGGUCACCUGCUAAGAAAGAUGUAAAAAUAGAACCAUUAUCACCUAAUCCAAAGAUAAAUUCCAAGCCAAACAGGAAAGGUUGUGACUCCAAAAAUGACAAAGGUCAGACAGAAGUAAAAGUUGAAAAUGAACCACUUCGUCCAACUCAGAGUAGACCAGAAGUUAUAGAUGCUCAAAAUACACUGCCUGAAAGGAGAAUAAAGGAGGAGGAGGAGGAGGUUAUGUUGUAUGAUCGUAAGUCCGGCAUCAGUCAAGCUGAAGUACCACAUGGUUUCCUUACUACCAGAAAACCAAUCAAGGAUCAAGUACAAAGACGUCGUGAUUUUGAAGAAGAGAAGGAUGUACCUGUAGGCUGUAUGCACGUGGAGACAGUGAGUCUGAUUGCACGUAGGCCAGCAAGAAAAGAGAAAGGAGCAGGGGAUUGUCCAGAGGGAUUCACUAGGUGGAAGGGAAAAGUUGUACGCAACUACAAAAAAUUUAAAAAGACUGAUCAUGCUGGUUCCCAGGGGUUACCAAACAUUAUAGGGGGCAGUGACCUGGAAGUUCAUGUUGCUAAAAGAUCAAAGGAACUAGAUGAUUGGUUCAGGGAAUCUGUACAGGCAGAAACAGAGCAUAAUGCCGAGGAGAGACGAGCUCAGGAAUUGUUUGAUUUUGACCCAAGUGCAAGGAGAAGAGGACGAUGAUGUUGAUUUUUGCCUAUCAUCAUGUUCACGGAGAACGCUCUUUCAUAAUUGUUUCUACAGAGGAUGUCCUUCCAUCAUUGUGUUCUUAAAGAACGACAUUCCAUUAUCAUUGUGUUCAGGGAGAACAUCCUUUCAUUGUCACUUCUGUGUUCAAUGUUGUUACUUUCAUGAAUAAAAAGAUAGAACUUU